AUGCCCGGUCAGGUCUCUACGUCCAGUGGUAUGGGCGCCUCGCGGGGGCAGGGGGGGCGUUUCAGCGUGCUGUCCUGGGAGCAGGUGCGCCGCUUGGACUCCAUUCUGGGGGAGAGUGUUCCCAUUCACGGCCGAGGAAACUUCCCCACACUGUCUGUACAGCCGCGGCAAAUCGUGCAGGUGGUCAGGGCUCGGCUGGAGGAGCAGGGUGUGGUGGUGCGUGAUGUCAAGCUGAAUGGAUCUGCCGCCAGUCACGUUCUGCACGAGGACAACGGGCUUGGAUACAAAGACCUCGACCUGAUCUUUGGCCUGAGCCUCAGCGAUGACAAGACCUUCCGCCUGGUUAAAGAUGUGGUGCUGGACUGCUUGGUGGACUUCCUGCCCGAUGGAGUGUGCAAGGAGCGCAUUUCCCCACUGGCCCUGAAGGAGGCGUAUGUCCAGAAACUGGUCAAAGUGUGCAACGACACCGACCGCUGGAGUCUCAUCUCUCUGUCUAACAACACGGGCAAGAACGUGGAACUGAAGUUUGUGGACUCUCUUCGACGGCAGUUUGAGUUCAGUGUGGAUUCCUUCCAGAUUACUCUGGACUCUCUGCUGCUGUUUGACCGCUGCUCAGACAAUGUGAUGUCUGAGACCUUCCACCCCACAGUGCAAGGGGAGAGCAUGUUCGGGGACUUCGAGGAAGCCCUGGGUCACCUGCGCACCAGGACGAUAGCCACACACAGCCCAGAGGAGAUCAGGGGCGGUGGGCUUCUUAAGUACUGCCACCUGCUGGUGAGGGGCUUCCAGCCCUCGUCUGAGGCUCUGAUGAAACAGAUGCAGCGCUACAUGUGCUCUCGAUUCUUCAUUGACUUCCCUGACAUCAGUGAGCAGCAGAGGAAACUGGAGGGCUAUCUGCAGAACCACUUUGCAGGCAUGGAGCACAAGCGCUACCAGUACUUACUGACACUUAGACAGGUGGUGGAUGAGAGCACAGUGUGUCUGAUGGGCCAUGAGCGCAGACAAACGUUGGCACUUAUCUCUGCUCUGGCGCUGCGUGUCAUGGCAGAGCAGCACGCCAUCCCAGCAGUGGCUAAUAUCACCUGCUACUAUCAGCCCGCUCCAUAUGUUAGAGACGUCAACUUCAGCAACUAUUAUGUGGCUCAGGUCCAUUCGGCCAUGGGUGCAUGCAGUAACUCUUAUCAGACAUGGUUGCCCUGCAGCUGA